AUGCCGAAGAAGAAGUCGGCCGCCCGAAAAAAAGCAGAAAAAAGGCGUGAGGUGCAGAAAAAAAUUCGUGCAGCAAGUUACCAAAUAGAUCUAGGUACUCAUCCGUGCAAUAUAACGAUGCAGUGUGAGGGAUGUCUUCGAGACCAGAAGACUAGAGCGUUUUGUUAUUUUUGUAAUACUUUGUGCAAAUUACCAGUUUGUGCUCAGUGCGGUAAACAGAAAUGUAUGAUGAAGACUGGAGAUUGUGUAGUGAAACACGGCGGAAGAUACACUACUGGUUUACAAAUGGUUGGAGCCAUCUGCGAUUUUUGUGAGGCCUUCAUCUGUCAUGGACGGAAGUGUCUGACAACUCAUGCUUGUAACUGCCCCCUUCGAGACGCCGAAUGCAUUGAGUGUAAAAGAGGUGUAUGGGAACACGGUGGUUGUAUGUAUAAAUGCUGUUUCUGUCAAAACUUCCUUUGUGAAGACGAUCAGUUUGAACAUCAAGCGAGUUGCCAACAGUUAGACAGCGAAAAUUAUAAAUGUAUGUCAUGCAAUCGUCUUGGUCAGUACACCUGCAUGCGUUGUAAAAUAUGCUUCUGUGAAGAACACGUGAGAAGGAAAGGUUUCAAGUACGACAAGACAGCAUCUAUACUGCCAUGUCCAAAAUGUAGUUACCCUACAAGCGAAACGAAGGACUUCAGUGUUUCCAUUCGAAAGCAUGCAUUUGGAAGGCAAGCGGGUGGCGGUAACGACGACGAAGAAGGUGAUUACAGCAAUUAUGGUUACGGCAGCUUUGGCACAAAUGAGCAGGCUUACGAGGACAGUGGUGAAGAUGACGAGGACUAUGAAGAAGAUGAAGAUGAGGAAGAGGAAAGUAGCAGUGACGCAGAGCAGACCGAAGCAUUGGGAAGUGGCAAAGAAAAGUAA